UUUGUGUACAAAAAUUGCACGUUGUCGUUGGAAUAUUGAAAUUUCAUCAAAAACAAAAGCAAGAAAUGCCUCGAUCAUGUUUUGAUAUCAUGGAAAGCAAGAAUUUUAUACGAAACAAGAGAAAAUACUAGAUGAUGUACCAUCAAAAGAGACGAAAGAAGAGACUUUCCCAUGGUGUAAAGACGGUGGAAAUCACCCGCGGGAAGUAUGGAUAUGGCUUCACAAUAUCUGGGCAACAGCCGUGUGUCCUCAGCUGCAUUGUCACAGGCAGCCCAGCAGAACAGGUCGGCCUCAAACCUGGUGAUUUCCUCCUCGGUGUCAACCAUGAAGACGUUUCCCGUGCACCGCAUGAUGAUGUCGUUAGGCUCAUCGGGACAUCAUUUGGAUUACUUGUGCUACAAAUUGCUGAAAAUGUGAACAGUUCCGAUUCCUCAGACGAGGAAUACCAUUUGAACAAGCCGAAAUCAAAAUAUCCGAAUCGUCAUCGCCAAAGGCAGAAUGACAGGCAAGAGAAAAAUACAGCUAAUACGAAUAGUAAUACUAAUAGUAACAAUCGUGCGGAAAGAGUUCUUGCCGAUUUGCAGUCUGGUGCUAUCUUUCAUGAACCGCCUUCAAGCAGUCAAGGAAAGCGGAGGACAAAUGGGGCAGACCGCUCGAAAACAAAGAGUCCUGCAGCAGCAGCGCUAACAACAGAACCGCCGCCAAAUUUUGGCGUGAAUCGUUUCUUUGACGAGAAUAAUGAUGGUGCUAAUUCGAGACGGACUAAGUCUGCGCAGAGCAGGCCUCGCGUUACCUCUCCCCUCCAGGACAACACAAACAGGGAGGUGCCUAAGACAAGUCUUUCGCAAAAGUCCCACGUGCAGCAGCAUGCUGUUGUGUCAAAUGGGCAAGGCCGUGUUAAUGUCAAGUAUGAGGGUCAGUCGGGGCUUCCAGUUUAUCGUGACCCGCCUCCUUAUCGUGGUUCAAGCCCGUAUGAAGUUGUGCUCACGCCGAAAGAUCUUUCAAAUAUUUUGGCGCCAACACUGCCGCUUUAUAUAAACAAAGAAAAUGUGGGGAAUUCGGCCCGUGACGUUGCGGAUGAAAGCGUUUCAUUACGUGUCAUAGUAGGCUACAUAGGUUCGAUUGAAAUACCAACGAACUUUAGCAAACCAAACUCACACGUUCAGAUGAUAAAAAAUGCCAUUAGACGGUUACGUGUCGAGCAAAAAAUCCAUACUUUAGUUCUAAUGGAAGUUUUUUCAGAGAGUGUCAAGUUGAAGAAUGCAUCUGGAACAGUGAUUGCAACCUACCCGUCUGAGAAAGUUGCCUAUAGCGGUGUGUGUCCUGAUGAUAAGCGGUUCUUCGGCAUUGUGACUGUGACGAGUGUCAGCUCUGAUGAGAUUAGUAGUGACAAUGGCAGCGACCAUUUCGAUCAUGUACAAAGUAGCUCUUGUCAUGUGUUCAUGGUCGACCCCGAACUACGAACUCACAGUGCACAUGCUCAGAAAGCAAGGAGUUUCCGAAUUGACUGUACAGUGGAUCCAGAGACGCAGGGUUGCCUCGAAUUCCCACGAUCUUCCACGCCAAUUUUACGGGUGUUAUCAAAACUUUAUAAAGACCGUGUUGGAUCAUGGUAUGACGAUGCAGCCCAGCCGCAUAUACUAGCCAACCCCAACGUUGAUCAUCAACGCAGCAAUAGCAAUAGUAGCAAUAGUGACAGCGGACUUGGGUUACCACGAGAUGAGGGUUCAGCGAAUGAUCGGGUGUUCAUCGUGGACUUGGAUGCAUCAAGAAAUGCUGCCCCAAUGCGCCCCGGAUCACAUUUACGCCAGGUUAGUCUACCACAUGAUGCGCCCUCUAACAUAUCCAAUGAGAAUUCGAGGCAACAUAGACAAUCAUCAAAUCAUACUGAUUUACCGCCGACUGGUCGAUCGAGUGACAGACUAUCAAAACAUUUCGACCGUGCUGGUGCUCAUUCGCAGGAUGACUUAGAAUCUGUCAGCAGCGCUGACAGCAUUCGACGGAGCAUGCACAAACUCCUGCAGAAUCGCCAGCGCAAUUACGUCGGUGAUAGCAGUGAUGCGGAGUCGGUGCGAUCAGAAUCAUCUCAUCCUCAGACAUCGCGGCGAGCUAAACUUUUGGAUCGCCCAAUGUCAGUGCCUCUCGCCACCCACACCGCUGAUCAGACAAUCGUAAAACACUCUCGGCCUGCUAAUCUGAAUUGUUCGUUGUACGCAGUGGAGACAAUCGACUUGGCAGAUAAACUCAGCCCACGGGCAUUUGGACAAGUCACACCAAAGAUUAGGAAGCCAGUGACAAGUCCUGGUGGUAUCAUUCGGAACAUUGGUGACCAAUUUGCGGGUGGAUCUCCCUCUGCCUUUAAAAAGCCAGCCCCGCCAACUGCAUUUAAACCGUGGAGCAGGUCUGAUGCAACAGGCAAGACGAGGCUUGGCAAUAUCAGCUUUUCUCAUGAGUCAUUGGUCCCCUCUGAGCAUGACCACCAUGAACGACAUAAUACCAGUUGCUUGGCCCCUGCAAGUAGCCUGGACAGUGUGGCUGACUUAAACAAGAGCAUGAAGGAACAUGUUGAGGUCCCAGUCACCAUCUCGGCAAGCUGGGCCGUCAACCUGGACAAGCUGUUAAACGAUGGGUUGGGUUUGGCUGCACUCAUGGAGUUCCUCAAGAAGGAAUUCAGUCAGGAGAAUCUCCUGUUUUGGAUAACAUGUGAGAAAUUCAAGAGAAUUCAAGAUAAAGAAAAGCAAAAGGCCAGGGCAAAGGAAAUCUUUGAUAAACACAUAGCAUCCCGUGCUCCUGAACCUGUGAACAUAGAUAGCCAGGCACGGAAAACGGUUGAGCAAGGUUUGACCAAUGUCACGUCGGAAAUGUUCAAGAUGGCACAAACUCAGAUCUAUCACCUCAUGAAAACCGACUGUUACCCACGAUUUCUAAAGUCGACACUUUACAAGCAAUACGUCAUCAUGGAAAUGGGUAGCAAGCCGUUGCCUUUGCAACCAAUAGAAAUAGAUGAGGCUCCCGCGCAGCAGACAACACGAUUCUGGGGGACACUGGAAAAGAAGAAGUCUAAGAAGAACAAGCUCGAUGAAGGCCAAGAAGAAAAACGAAAGAAAUCAUUUCUUCCUUGGCACAAAAAUAAAUCCAGGAAAUUGACAAAGGAAGACAGUGGUAAGAAAGCAGCGAAACCAUCCAAACUGGAGUCGGGACUAGACACGUCAUUUGCCAAGAAAAGUCUGAAGAUGCAGACCAGUAGUAGCUCUUUGCAGAAGGAAGGUGAAAGGAGCAAGAGCACAACCCCGACUGUCUCAGAGAAAUCUAACGUAUCUCGCGAGAGAGAAACCACAACAAUAGAAGGACUCGAGUCGUCCUCCAUCAAGGUGGUCCUACCAGACGGCACCACAUCCACGUUGUCGCCGUCAAAGGGCCAGACUGUCAAAUCGUUGGUCAGUAAACUCUGUGAGAAGAAAGGUCUAAGUGUUGUUAGUAUUGAUGUCUACCCCCUUGGCAGUGAUAAGGCGCUGGACAUCCAUGCCGACAUCUCAACUGUGAGUGCCAAGGAGAUGGUGAUUGAACGACGGGUGCUGUUCCGGAUGGAUCUGCCCAACAAGAAGUGUAUUGGAAUCAAAGCCAAACCGAAACGUUCCGUAGCAAACGUCGUGCGACCGGUAUUGCACAAGUAUGGCUACAAGCUCGACAAUGUUGUCAUGCACAUGGCUAACAGUCCUGCAAUGGUCACUAUGGAGGCCGAGGUUUCAACGUUGGAGCACCAGCGUGUUGUCAUUCAGAGUCGGGAGGAUUUUGCAGAUAAACACUGGUGGAUUGAGUGGGGAGGUUUCGAUGGUAGUGCCUCGAACAGUAAGCCACCAAUACCCAAGCGAACGUCUGCCAGCAAGAAUGACCUCGAUGAGAUCACAACGAAAGUGUUCGACGACAUUUUCUCCAAGGUUAACAACGGGCCACACCGAUUUGAUGAGCUGGGGAUUCUGGACCCAGACAGGAAGGAUGAUGAUAAUCCCAGAACAAGCGAGGGCAGGAACUCAUCUGGAUUAUUCGGGUUGCUGCAGCGGAACUCCUUCGAAAAGGACAAGAGUAAAAGCCGAGGACGACCCAGUUUGGGUGGCACACAGAAGAGCCUCCCAUCGAAACUCGCCAAGAUGAGGAUACAGGAUAAAGAUAAUGACAAACUGUUUGAGCUCCUCUCCCGAGCCCAGAGUCAACGACUAGAUGACCAGCGCGGUUUAUCAUCGGAUCGUUUCGAGCUGCCCGAUUUCCUAAAAACGGAUCAACCCACAAACAAAAUGAGAAAAGGAAACUUCAAGACAACAUCUUCAAGUGAUAUGUUUGGGACAGCGUCGAAGGGAGUGGACGGAUAUGGUGGAAUGAGUUUGUUUCGAUCUCAAUCUCACCCCGAGGGACUGGAAUCUGACGUUGAUGACAAACCCUUCGGCCAUGAUUUGCAGAUUCGUAGUAUUACCCCUGGACCUGGCGAUAUCUCUUUCUUUGAUGACAGUUUCAGUCAGGACUGUGUUCUGCCAUCUCAUACUGACGCUGAGAAUAUGUUUUCAGGGGGCGGUCAAGUGACCAGUACCCCAGACAUUGACUUUGAUAAUCCACACCUCAUGAAAAAGAGUGUGCGCGACCUAGGUUUCAACUACAGUGUCGUGGAGGAUAAUCAGCAUUGUUACGUUAGGACCCAACCGUCUAGUGCUUCUAAAGAUUUGGGGAUCACACCAAUAAGAGCAAGGACACCCUUGGAUAAGAAACUCAGUCCUAGGGCAACUUUGCCAGCGUCUGCGUUCAAUGAACAAUCUCUGGACAACAAGACGUGCUUUGAUGAAAGUGAUAGUCUGAACUUAACUGUCAUUGGUGGGGACUCGGUUGCUGAUGCGUCGUUGAUCAGCGAAAUGCCACCAGCGCCCGAACUGUUAGAAAUGAGUACUAUUAGUCAUGUGGCCGAGGCUAAUUUUCCACCGCCGACGCCCCUGAAACCUCCGGGCAGAAUUAGCAGUGCAAAUGGGAAUAGCCGCAGCAAUGCAAGUGUUGGCAGCCUUGGCAAUGCAAGUGUUGGCAGCCUUGGCAAUGCAAGUGUUAGCAGCCGUGGCAAUGGUAGUGUUAGCAGCCGUGGCAAUGGUAGUGGUAGUAGUCUAGACAGUACAUUCACAGGUUCAAACAGUAGUCAGAAAUCGCUCCCGUACACUACAUGUAUGUAUAGUGUACCCGAAUAUAAAAAUGACUCGAGGCAUUCACCUCAUUCCCGCCAAUAUCCUCCUGCAGAUAUUAGUAAUUUCCGAUCGCAUUCCACUAACAAUUCAGUUUACGUACCAUCGCAGUCACGCCGGAGUACACCUACGAUGAGUAUGAAUGAAACUACGAUGACACUCAGUCCUAUGGAAGCCAAAUUGAACUCCUCUGUGCCUGUUCCUAGUUCAAAACAAAUGUCUCCAAAGCGAAUUCCUCCACCCGUUCCGGAAAAACCAAGUGCAGCGUCUCGGAAAAACAUGGCGCUGAAAUUGAACUCGCCAUCUAAAGUCAGAAUUGAACUUUCCAGUCCAUCUCCAACAGAACUUCCCUCGCCAUCAACUCAUGAGUUUGUAUUGUCCUCACAGUUGGAUGGUGGCGCUGCUGACUUUAAGGAGAAAAUGCGGAGGGUGUGUUUUGAAAAUCCCGAAGUGCGCCCAGAUGCUAAAGUGACAUUUGUCUAGGGUGUCGUGUUGGUCUUUUAGACUUAUAUUGCAUAAUCAUUCUUAAGCUAAGAGUAUUGUUUGCUGCUGUGCGGUAUACACAUUUCUGUGACCAUAUCUUUUGCAUUGUUAUUCUCUCGGUAUGAUGCCAUUUGUGCGAAAGGCGGUUGGUAAAACUUCAAAUUGCGGAUCAUGGAUGCGAAGGAGUUCUAAGGUUUCCUGCUACAAUUGAUUUUGAGAAGCAGAGUACCAGUACACACUUCAUUUUGUUAGGCUUGAGUUUACGAUAUUCACAAUGUCUUUCAGUUAUAACCUUUGUGGUCUUGUAAAUAUUGAAAAAUACACAACAGAUUUAUGAAGUUUGUAUAUGAGGAGAUGUCUAAUAAAACUAACAAAUUAUGCUACUUUUACCGAGUUGUAUAUGAACAGCAUGAGCAUUUGAGACAAUACUGGCUUACUUCAAACAGUUUUACUCUGUGCAUCUUCCAUCCAUUGUUGUGAACUCUGUUUAAAUUUUUAUCAGUAUUUUUAUGACAAGUUUAAAGGCUGUUUCUUAUAUCAUUCUUACCAGCUGGACAUUUUUAUGUGGGUUGGUUUUUGCCAAGCAUUUGACUCCAGCCCUCUAAUGAUAUCCCUUUUGCAGAGUGGUGGCUGUGAAAAUUACCUUGUGUCCUCUCUGUCAAGGUGGAUUUUCAAGACAUGACCAACCAUCUCUCCAAGCAAGUCCAGCCUCAGACUGACGGCCGCUUCUGAAAAAUGUAUCGACCAUACCGGCUGGAUUUCUUCAAGAGGUUCUGGCCUUGACUCGAGAGGUUGUUGCCGAUUACACAGGGUUGAACUUGGUUGUUCAAGUGCCAAUUCUACACAAAAAAAGCAAUGCUGGGGGCCUGGGAAUCAGUCUUUCAUGUAUCUUAACUUGAGAUUAUUUCAAGUUUUGAAGUCCAUUCCUUGUUGUAUGUUGUACAUAUGUAGAUUCAUAUUUAUGUAUACCAUUAAACUGUGAGAGUGCAUGUACUUUUAGGACGGCAUGUAGAUGAUAUGUGGUCUACCCACUACUUAUUAUUUGGUCAAGCAUGUAAACUAUUUUAACUCUUUUCGGACAUUCUUUAUUGGAAAGUCAGCAGAAUGCUGUUAUUUUUAUCAGUUUUCCACAUGUCUUGCAUGAAGGGUUUUACUUCUUUAAGUACGGUAUGCAAAAUUUGAUAAUAUGCAUUAACCUUGAUAUCUAAUUCAUAUAUCCUACUAAUGGGGCUGAGAGAGUGUGAGGAUGUCACAGACAUGUCAAAGUUUUGAACAUUUAAAACUUCAGUUGCAGUUAUUAUAUUAUGGUUCCGAGGAACAUAUCUGGUAUGAUACAUAAGAGGAACAUGUUGAUAACUUAAAAUUCUAGUUCCUGCUUUGUUCGCCUGUCAAAAUCACAACAGGAUUUUUUUCAAUCUAAAACCCCUAUGUUUCAUUUCUAAACCAUUGUCUUAGCUCGUUGUAGAUGCCAUGUAAAAAAGGGGAGAUGGCCAUUUAUGUCUUGACUGUGGCGAAAAAGAUGGCUUUUUAUUGGUGGUCAUCGAAAAACAUAGGGAUUAAGAUGGUGCAAGUGCAACUUGAAAUGUUUGUCCUUGGUAAGGCCGUCCAAACCUUCAAAAUAUCGUGCUUCCUGCUGUAGAGGAAUGCUGCUUAAGACAUCUUUGUCUCUGCUGUUUUAAACAUAAGGAUGUUAUGCAAAACUUAUUGUUCUUUGCCCGUCCAACACUUUCCAAGCAUGUUUUUGUAACUUUGCUGAAUCUUCUCUUCUGACAUGUAGGCUAUAAGGCACUUAACUGGCAACUGUGGACCCAGUGAACAAAAUGUUUUGGUCCAUCUAAUUGUAAUUUGAGGUGGACCUAUAGCGAGGUAUUAAUUUGCAUUCUUAAAAGGCUCAUAGUCAAGGCUAAAAUAUUUCCAUUGUUCAUAGUGAUAUCUGUGUUUGUGUCACAUGCAAGUUCCUCACCUAUUUAGAGGAACCUCAUUAUUUGCUGCAUAAUUUUCAGGAUAUUAGUGUCAUGUUGUUCAUGACUUAAUCUUCAUUGUACCAAGGUUAGCCAUUGCGGAACUGUGUGAAUUUUUAAAUCAUUAAAACUAAGACAUGGUACCUGUACUAUUAACCAAAUAAACAUUGUUACUAUUAUAAGCAUAA